CCAGAGAGGACAUAAAGGACAAAGCUUAAGAAGUCAAAUACUUCCAGAAACCUUCAAAUGACUAGAAAACGUGGUCUUUGAUCUCAGCUCUGUGAUCAUAUAUAAGGGAGUGUUCUAAGAUGUUAAUCAAGACUCAGCUAAUGGCUGGGCAGGGUGGCUCACGCGUGUCAUCCUGGCACUCUGGGAUGCCAGAGUAAAGAGGAUCGCUUGAACUCAGGAGUUGGAGACUAGCAAGAGACUCCGUCUCUACUAAGAAUAGAAAAAGCUCCCCUGGCCUGAGAUGUAGGCACGCAGUCCAGCUAUUUUGGAGUCUGAGGCAGGAGGGUCAAUUCUCUGGAGUUGGAGAUUGCAGACGCCACUGCACUCCAGCCGGGUCGACUGACAAAACGAGACUCUAUCUCAAAGACAAACAACACUCAGAAGAUGGGAAAUACCAGUUUCCACAACAAUUAGACAGCGACUGCAUACUAGAUUCAAGCUGCUCGCCUAAAUGGCAAUGAUUUGCUGGCAUUAGGGAACCAAAACCGUAGACGCCCAAAUUUCCGGGCGAAUGCGCCAUUAUGUUACGCUGGAUCGAUUGCUUUUGCCUGGCGGAGACGUAUCACUAAAGGACAGCUUCCGGAAGAGCCGAGGAAGGAUGAGUUAAGAGCGAAGUCCUUUUGGGUAGAUUAAGAGUUUGGGCCGCUGAGAUUUGGGACUCUGCGCUGGGCCGCGCUGGAGGUCUAAGCAGGUCCAAGGAUUUACUCAUGUUUGUACCCACGGUGAUACGUGCGUUGCGCAAGAACAAGACCCUUCGCUACGGAGUCCCCAUGUUGUUGCUGAUUGUUGGAGGUUCUUUUGGUCUUCGUGAGUUUUCACAAAUCCGAUAUGACGCUGUGAAGAUUAAAAUUGAUCCUGAAUUGGAAAAAAGACUGAAAGCGAAUAAAAUAUCUUUAGAAUCAGAGUAUGAGAAAAUAAAGGACUCUGCUUUUGAUGACUGGAAGAAUAUUCGAGGACCCAGGCCUUGGGAAGAUCCUGACCUCCUCCAAGGACGAAAUCCAGAAAUUCUUAAGACUAAAACAACUUGACUAUGGUGAUUCCUCUUUUUAAUUAAAAUAUUAUAAACUGUUCUUCCCACUACAUACUCCUUUUUAGUAGGAAGAAAACUCCAGGUCCAUGGAAACCUGGAUAAGAGUAAUUUAAUGUUAGAUAAUCUUGAUAAAAUGUCAGGUACAGGUCUUGCACAGGUCUUACUACUGCUCAGCUAUUCCAUUUGCAAAUAAAAGUAACAGUGUUGACCAGACAUACCUUACACAGAGUACUGCUAUUAAAUUUUGUAUAUUUUCUGUUCCUCAACUACCCACCUGUAUUUCUUUCCCACUAGGGGAUCCCAAUAGGGCAGCAGUUCUCAACCUGUGGGUUGUGACCCCUUUAGACAGUAUUAAUGGUUCGCAGCAUUAGGAAGGUUGAGAACCACUGCAGUAGGGCAUCAUUUUGAUACUUCAUUCUGAUUUUAUUCAUAGUGAGAAUAGUAGAUCUACAUCCAAAUUCUCACAGUAAAGUGAAGCAGUGGCUUUAUGUCAAACCUAUUAAAAAAAGAAUAGUGAUCAGAGUCUUGCUUUUAUUUCUAAUAUCUCACAUAGUGUGCUAAUCCUGCACUCCGCAGUCCCCGGGCCACAGACCAGUACUGGUCCAUGGCCUAUCAGGAACUGAGACUUACAGAAGAAGGUGAGCAGGGAGUAAAGCUUCAUCUGUAUUUAUAGCCACUCUCCAUCACCUGCAUCACUGCCUGAGUUUUGCCUCCUGUCACAUCAGCAGCAGAAUUAGAUUGUCACAGGAGUGCGAGCCCUACUGUAAGGUACAGACAGGAGGGAUCUAGAUUGCAUGCUACUUAUGAGAAUUUAGUGCCCCCCACCAAGUCUGUGGAAGAAUUGUCUUCCAUGAAAACUGGUCCCUGGUGCCAAAAAGAUUAGGGACUGCUGUGUCAAUCUGUUUCCAGUGCAACACCUUAUGAUUGUAUUGAUAACACUGACAUGUCAACAAAAUAUUAUUUCUGGCUAAGUAAAAAAUCAUGAAGUAGAGCAUGAUUAUAAGCAGAUACAGCACAUUUGUUCAGGUAGUCUAAAAAUGACUAACAUUGGGAAACAAAGACUUAAGGUUUAGUUUAUGCUGUGGCAUAAUUUGUCUCCAAGGUGACUCAAUUUUUGUUUUUCUUUUUAACUUUGAGUUUGCUGUGAUCUGAUCUCUAGGCAAAAGGAGAGAAUUGAGGAAAGUUAGGGUUUGUCUUUUUUUCCUUGUUUUUGUUUUUUGUAGUUUUUGGCAGGGCCCAGGUUUGAACUAGCCACUUCCGGCACCCUACUCCUUUGAGCCAUAGGCACCGCCUGGAAAGUUAGUUUUUCUGAACUUAUUUUCUCAUUUUUACUCUUGUCCUGGGCAGCCUUGUUCCCCUACCUCUGGUAUUUUCAUACUAACUUCCAGAUGCCUAAAAUCUCAAUGGAAAUUAUAAUUGCUAAAAAUUAUAAACUACCUCACCCCUUACCCCCCCAAUCAAAAUUUGUAUUCUUUUCAGCAGUUCGGUUUUAGCAAAAAGUAAAGUAAAUUGAUUAUCUAGUGAUGAUAAUUUAUUAUGGAGAUGAUUCAUAGGAGUUAUCUGGAGGAGCCAUUGCCUUUCAAAGGCAAAAAAUAAACAAACCUCCACCUAAACACAUUCUUUAUACAAAAGUAACUGAAAAUGAAUCAUUAAAUGUAAAACAUAAAACUAUAAAACUUUUAGGAAAAAGCUGGGCAUGUAGCUCAUGCCUGUAAUCAUAGCAUUCUCAGAGGCUGAGGCAGAUGGAUUGCUUGAGCUCUGGAGUUCCAAGACCAGCCUGAGCAAGAGCAAGACCCCAUAUACUUAUAAGAGAAAAACUAGCUAGGCACUAUGAGAGGCACCUUAGUCCUAGUUACUUUGGAGGCUGAGGCAAGAGGAUCUCUUGCGCCAAGGAGUUUGAGGUUGCUGUGACCUGUGACGCUACAGCAUUCUAUCCAGGAUGACUGAGUGAGACUCUGUCUCCAAAAUAAAAAAAAAUUAAACUUUUAGGAAAAAAACAGGAGAAAGUCUUCCAGAUCUAGUGAAUAGUUCUUGAUGAAUAGAACUCAGCAGAUUAACCUCAUCAAAAUUAGUAGCUUUUGCUUGCCAAUAAAAUUGAUAAACUUCUAGUCAGACUAAAGAAAAGACAGAAAUUACUGAAUGAUAGGAAAAGGAAAGAUGGCCAACAAAAGACAUUAACUGCCAGAGUAUCUCAGUAAGAAGGAGGUUUCAGGAGAUGAAAGACAAAAAAAUAUAUAUGUAUAUAGAUCAGGUGUGAGUCUGAGGGAAGGGUGUCUCCUCAGGAAGCUCCAUGGGAAGUUGUGGAGCAGAACACAAAGGAGCAAGCUAUUGGCAGAUAUAGAGGAUUAAACAUCAUACUACAACAGUCACCAGUAUAACUCAUCUGAGGAAUUCCUGAGAACAAGACAUUCUCCUGGCAAGCCUGGAACUCUCUUGUGACUUGGAAGGCAAGCCACCAAGUAACUCAGGAAUCCUGGAGGAGCAAAGUUCAAUCCUGUAGUAGUAAGGCUAUUGUUAAACUUUAAACAUUUUAUGACAGUUCCUUAAAGGAUUAGUGGAGAAAAAUUGCAUUUAAAAUUUUAGAGAUCAUUUCCUUACCACCCUUGAAGAUCAUUUCCUUGAGUACAUACUCUGUUGGCACCUAUGAGAUCAUUUCCCCAAGCACGCAGCCCCUGCAUGUCUUUGCUUAGUAAUCUUUCUGCCUAUUAUGUAUCUUCUCAAUAAAAGGACUCUGUGAGAAGUGCUCAGGGCUAUCCUGCAUCUAUGGUUAGCCUCACCUCUUGCAGAGUGUACUGUCAAUCCAUGUCUCGUG